AUGGAUACCAAUGCAAAUAUCCUACGGAUACUGGUUACGAGUGACAAUCAUGUUGGUUACUUAGAAAAGGAUGGCAUUCGUGGCCGAGACUCGUUUAAUACCCUUGAAGAGAUUCUUUUUCUGGCCCAACAACACGACGUCGACUUCAUUCUCGCUGGUGGAGAUCUAUUUCACGAGAAUCGACCGUCCAUUCACUGUAUGAACGAAGUACUCCGUCUGAUACGUAAAUAUUGUCUCGGUGAUCGGGCUGUUCGAUUUGAACUUCUCAGUGACACGUCAAAGAACUUCGCCAACGUUUCCUUUCCUUUCGCAAAUUACACUGAUCCUAAUCUUAAUGUUGGCGUCCCCGUUUUUUCUAUCCAUGGAAACCAUGAUGAUCCUGCAGGACCCGGAAAUGUCUGUGCUCCAGAUCUUCUUCAUAGUUGUGGUUUCCUGAAUCUUUUUGGAAAGUCCAAUUCAGUAGAAACUCUGGAAGUUUCUCCUCUUCUUCUACGUAAAGGUUCGACCAAGGUAGCCAUCUAUGGCAUUGGUGCUGUUAGAGAAGAAAGACUACAUAGGUUGUUUUUACACGACAAGGUUACUUUCUGGAGACCAGAAGAUGAUGCCGAAGAUUGGUUUUCCCUCGCUGUUGUUCAUCAAAACCGAGUCAGACACGGCCCUACAGGCUAUCUUCCCGAAAACUUCCUCCCGAAUUUCCUCGACCUAGUGGUAUGGGGCCACGAGCAUGACUGUCGUAUUGAACCGGAAUGGAACUCGUCCCAAAAUUUUUAUGUAGCCCAACCAGGAAGCUCAGUUGCAACUUCACUGAUUGAAGGCGAGGCUCUGCCAAAAGCCGUCGGCCUUCUAGAGAUACACGGACGUGAAUUUAAGACGGUUCUUCCUAUCGACACUUUCUACAUUGCGUUUGAAAUUUUGGACUGCUUAAUCAUCCUGGACUGUCCUAUGUCUGAUAAUUUAAUGCGCUUUCUAGCAGGACUUCCUUACGAGCGUGGCACACUGCGUCGUCUUACUUCUGUUUAG